AGAGCCCUGCAGGGAGAUGGGCAGUUGCCUUCGCUCCCUCUCUCUCGGCGACUCGCUUUGUGGCUGGUAGCGCUGUCUUGAAUGAAGAGAACCAUGAGCAGUGAGUAUUUGUUACCUUAUUACACGGCCAACAGCUACCGUUCAAUGGGCGUGUUCAAUACCUCCAUGGGGGACCUGCAACGACAACUGUACAAGGGAGGAGAGUAUGACAUUUUCAAGUACGCACCCAUGUUUGAGAGUGACUUUAUCCAGAUCAGCAAGAAAGGAGAGGUGAUUGACGUCCACAACCGCGUCCGAAUGGUGACUGUGGGCAUCGCAUCCACCAGCCCCAUCCUCCCACUACCUGACGUCAUGCUGCUGGCCCGGCCAACUAAAGUCUGUGAAGAGCAUGUCAGAUACGCCCGGACCACCAAGGGUAGAGGUCGCAAGCCCGCCAAGACCCUAGAGCUCACCAGGCUGCUUCCCUUGAAGUUUGUCAAGAUCUCCAUCCAUGACCGUGAGAAACAGCAGCUGCGCCUGAAGCUUGCCACUGGCCGUACUUUUUAUCUGCAGCUGUGCCCCUCUUCCGAUGCACGAGAAGACCUCUUUUGCUAUUGGGAAAAGCUUGUCUAUCUCCUGAGACCACCGGUAGAGAGUUGCAGCAGUACCCCGACGCUCCAAACUGGAGACGCAACAACUAUAGAGGAUGCCAACACCCUAGUGACCCCAGAGCUCCACAGGGAAAGGGAUCAGGAUGAGGCUGGGCUUCACAAGCUUCGUGACGUGUCUGGAGCCACGUCUUGUGCUUAUGUUGGGGGAGAGGGAAUCUAUCAUGCCCCUCACGGUUCAACUGCGGCCGUGAAACGUGCUGAAGGAUCAGCGGCAGGGACGACCUCGGGCCUGGUGGUAGCUGGGACAGCAUCAAGCUCUGGAGGAGGAUCGGCAGUCGCAGGGGCAGGAGCCGGCCCUGCAGGAGGCGCUGCGAGCUUGGCGGCAGCCAAGAGCACAGGCACCAGCCAGGUGAGUGCGGCCCUGGCGGGAGCCGCCACCAAAAGUACAGGAGAAAGCAGAUCCGGCAAGGCCAUUGCAGGCGCUACCAGCGUAUCCUCAGAGGGCACGAACCUCGUCUUGGCGGGUGCUGCCAGCAUGUCCUCUAUGGGGGCUGAUAGUCCUGACAGCAGCAUGAGCGUGGUGUUUGCAGGUGUAGCUGCGACCAGCAAGCCUGCUGCUGGAAGAGCUGAAGGCCAGGUCGCAGCCCCCCUGGUGUCCACCUUGCAGAGCGAAGGCUAUAUGUCUGAACGGGAUGGAAGCCAGAAGGUCUCCCACCCCAGGGAUGAAGCCUGGAAGGAAAAAAAAGGAAGGAGGGAAAAGAAGGACAAGUCUUCGUCCAGGAAAAGUUCCCGUCACCGCAGGACAGGAGGAGACAAGACCCGGAAAUCAUCCUCCCACAGGUCCUCAUCUGGCCAUGGAAACACGAGGGAUGACAAAAAAGAAAAGGGGCAUAGUGGCACCAGAAACAGAGGGCACGGCUCUCACAAGAGUGGCAGCCAUAGCUCCUCUGCCAAGGAGGGGAGGACAGCUCGCAAACUGGGGAAGAGCAGGUCCACCACCAGCUCAGGGACUUUAAGUAAGAAAUCCAGUAAGAUCACCUCUUUCUUCAGGAGCUUCAGAGUCAUUCCUGGUUCAAAAACAACGGUCACACAGGACAGAGAGGUAGGCUUCUUGGCUAAGACGGUAGAGAAGCGCAACGUAGAAACCAAGGUGGAGAAAGCCCCGGCUGGCCAGGAUCUGGAGAUCUAUGGAACCGUGACAUCAGAGACGUUGGAGACCAUCGUCAUUGAAACCAAAUCUGUUUAA